AUCUAGCAACGCAAUUGCUAAGGUUGCCCUAUGGGAAGGUAAGAACACGGAUGAAAGGGUUGGGAAGGUAAAUUCGCUGGGGGUAGUUCGACCGCGACGUCAACGGGCCGGUCCUCCCCGCCAUGGGGGCGGCUGACCAAUACAUAUCCCCAUUCCAUGGUCUUCUCUCUUUUUGGGUUUAAGUUCCAUGGUUUUCUCUUCGUCGCAGAAAAAAGCCCAUGGUCUCCUCGUCCACCAAUUAAUAUUAAUUUCUGAGGGUAUAAGAAGCCAGCAGCUUCAUCAAAACGCUAAACCAUGGCUCCUCUUCCGGUUCCCAUCCUUAUCCUCUCCGUCCUCCUCCUCCUCAGCUUCCAUCCACCAGCCAAAGCCCAAAAGCUGAUUAAUUACUUCUCCGCUGCUAAUUCCCCCUGGUUUCCCUCAAACAACAGCAUCCUCGUCUCCCCGAAACAAACCUUCGCUGCCGGCUUCAUCAACUCCUCUUCCGACAGCUACUUCUUCGGGGUGUGGGUCCAACAGUCAUCUAAUAAAACUGUGGUCUGGUCUCUGAACCGCCCCAGACCGGUCGGCAACUCAUCUUGCCUCGCCAUCUCCCCCUCCGGCGUCCUCUCCCUUAAUGACUCCUCCGGCAGCAAUCUCUGGAAGAAAGCCGUCGGAGGUUCCCGGCUGGUCCUCCAAGAGACCGGCGAGCUGCGCUUCGGCAAGUGGACCAGCUUUGACUCCCCCACCGACACCGUCCUCACCAACCAGCCGCUACCUCCGAACCGUACAACGCUGAGAUCCGGCAACUACCAGCUCGUAAACGCAACGAGCCUCGUCUUCAAUGGCGCCGACACAUUCUGGGCGGCGACCGACGUCAUCCGCAACCUCUCAUCCGACGGGCACCUGCUCAUGGACAAUGCGCAAAAUUACAUCAUGGCAGACAUGGGACUGUCGGUGCUCCGAAGGCUUACUCUGGACGUCGACGGCAACCUCAGGGUCUAUAGCCUUGGAAGGCACGGCCAGUGGGACGUGGUCUGGCAGGCGAUCCUGGAGCUCUGCACCAUCCAUGGCACCUGCGGGGUCAAUGCCAUCUGCGAGCCCCUCGGGUCGAACGGCACAACCUGCUCCUGCCCACCGGGCUACGAAAAGUCCAGCAACCUCAGGGACUGCCAAAGGAAAAUACCAAGCCUGGUGCAGAGCCAAUUUUUGCGGCUGGACUUUGUGAGCUUCCGUGACCGGCCCGGCACGGACGACCCGAAACCGACACCGCUCAAUUUAGAGACCUGCAAGUCGAGAUGCCUGGACAACGCCAGCUGCGUCGCGUUCAGCUACAAAUAUACCGGCCAGCAGGAUUGCGUCAUCCUCCACAACCAGCUCAUCGAUGGGUACUGGUCGCCGGCGACGGAGCUCGCAACAUUCCUCCGGGUGUCGAGCUCUGAGACAGACGUGUCCAACUUCACGGCGAUGAUUUCCAUGAUCGAGACGGUGUGCCCGGUCCGGGUCAGCCUCCCCGUCCCUCCCAAGGCGUCCAAGACCACCGCCAGGAACGUGUCAAUUAUUGCCACCCUGUUCACCCUGGAGCUCCUUGCCGGGAUACUGUCCUUCUGGGCCUUCCUUCGCAAGUACUCCAAGUACAGGGACAUGGCCCGGACCUUCGGGUUGGAACUCCUGCCCGGAGGAGGGCCCAAGCGGUUCUCCUAUGCCGAGCUGAAGGCCGCCACCAAUGACUUCUCCAAUGUGAUCGGCAGCGGCGGGUACGGCGUGGUCUACAAGGGGCAGCUCCCGGACCGCCGUGUUAUCGCCGUCAAGCGCCUCAGGAACGUCGGCGGUGGCGAAGCGGAAUUCUGGGCCGAGGUCACCAUCAUUGCGAGGAUGCACCACCUGAACCUUGUCCGCAUGUGGGGCUUCUGCGCCGAGAAGGAGCAGCGGAUGCUCGUCUAUGAGUACAUCCCCAAUGGCUCCCUCGACAAAUUCCUCUUUCCCAAUGAAGAAGUAUUGGGCGAUGACACGACCGAGGAGUCGAAGAAGCGGCUCAUCACUCCAAGGCCUCUUCUUGACUGGAACAUCAGGUACAGGAUUGCACUUGGAGUGGCCAGAGCGAUUGCUUACCUUCAUGAAGAGUGCCUCGAGUGGGUUCUGCACUGUGACAUCAAGCCGGGGAACAUACUGCUUGAGGACGACUUCUGCCCGAAGGUAUCGGACUUUGGCCUCUCAAAGCUGACCAACAAGAAGGACAAGGUGACCAUGUCUCGGAUCCGAGGAACCAGAGGAUACCUGGCUCCAGAGUGGGUGAUCCAUAGGGAGCCGAUCACUGCGAAGGCCGAUGUCUAUAGCUUUGGCAUGGUGCUACUGGAAAUUGUGACGGGGGUCAGGAACAGCGGAUUCCGGCGAUCUUCGCUGGAAAGCGAGGACUGGUACUUCCCCAAGUGGGCAUUUGAGAAGGUGUAUAUGGAGCGGAAGGUGGAAGAUAUUCUGGACUCCCGAAUAGCGGACAGUUACGAUGAUCGAAUGCAUUUCGAGUUGGUGGAACGCAUGGUGAAGACAGCAAUAUGGUGCUUGCAGGAUCGAGCAGAGAUGAGGCCUUCCAUGGGGAAGGUGGCAAAGAUGCUGGAGGGGACGGUGGAGAUUACGGAACCAGUGAGGCCAGCUAUUUUCUGCGUCCCAGAGGAGAAAGCUCCAUCAGAACUAUGAGAAUCCAUCUGUGUAGAAGAAAUGGAUGGAAUUCUGGAAUUAAAUGAAUGGCUAUAAAGGAGAACUGGUUAUGCUAUGAUCUGAAAUGAAUUCAGAGUUUGGAAUUAUAUUCAGCCCCCGAAACUGGGCUCUGUUAUGUAUAAUUAUAUUUCAGUGGGUAAGUCUGUUUCAGUAGAUUGUAGUAGUUUGGAAUAAUAUUCAGAGUAGCCAGAAAACUGGGCUAUGUUAUGUAUAAUUAUAUUUCAGUGGGUAAUUCUGUUUCAGUAGAUUGUAGUAUUUUGGAAUAAUAUUCAGAGUAUCCAGAAAACUGGGGUAUGUUAUGUAUAAUUAUAUUUCAGUGGGUCAUUCUGUUUCAGUA